AUUGAAGCAGUCUAGGUCGUUGGAUUGACAUGAUUUGAUGACCGAGAUUAAUUGGAUCUGCCCCUUUGGGUCUUUUUAUAUUGGUAUAGAUGUUUGAUGAACAUGUCUGUUGAAUUUGAGCUUGUGGAUCGAUGAACUAUGUAAUUAUGCACUAGUAUUUGUGUUUUAUUUGCUUUGGAUUAACUUGACAUGAGUUUGAUAUUAUCCUUUUGGAUUUAUUUUGUUGAACAUGAUUUAAAAUGUUGGAUAGUUGAAGAAGGCCAAAUUUUUAGGGCACCAGUUUUGCAUCAUCUGUUACGACAGAAAAAUAUUUUUGGUGGCCAGAAACCUUUUCUCUCCUGUCCUAAAACUAUUUUUGGGCACUAACUUUUACAUCACCUGUUGGAGAUGCUCUAAGGAGGAGGGGAGAGAGAAUUCAGCCUAGAUCAUGCAUGCAGGCUUGUUCCAAACAAAAGGUACUCCCUCUGUCUCAAAAUGUACUGUAUAUUAGUUUUGUCCUAAGUAAAACUUCAUAAACUUUGACAAAAGAAAUGUCAACAUCCACAACACCAUUUGCCUCCAUCCCAAAAAUUAUCAAGUUCACAUCAUAUAUACAUUUGCUAUUUUAAGUAUUCAUAUUUUCAUGUAGCUGGUCUUUGAACAAUACUAUUAUGCAUUAGAUUUUGGGAUGGAUGAGUGCAUACUUUUCCUGAAAGCAAACGAAUUUCUUGUUUACCCACUAAACCAAAUCCUCAUAAAAUAUUUAAUCAUGUUUGUUAUGCUUUUUUAAAAUUUUGCUAUCUUGUAGUACAAGUUUGCAAAGAUUCUAAUCAUACAAAAUAUUAUCUCUCCUGUGGAGAUGACUGAGCAAUUACUAAUCCAUCUGUCUCUGUCUUUCAUCAUUUUACAAAGCUUAGCAUAUUUGCCUCCGCUGCCAACUGCAUUGCCUCAGGCGAUUGACUUGACUUGGCCACCAUUUGUCCCUGAUUAUUAUGUACUUAUUUGCCUCGUCGUGCGGUGCAUAUAUGAUAUAUCUCACAGCUAAGCGGCAGCUCCUCUACUCCUCCUUGUCGUUGGGCCGUUGCCGUGGAGCGGAGACCUGCGUUUUUGAUACAUAGAGCAGAGUAAGAAGCCCUACCCAUGGUUGUUUUACUCAUCUUGAAGUGGGGGAGAGGGAGAUGAUGGUUUGUUGGGGUUAAUUAUGGGUUCCGCUUCUGCUCCAGCAAGUCUAAUCUGGCCUCUGCCCUCUCUGCUCUCAUCCCUUUCUUGUUACUCACCAGUUGUCUGAUCUCGUUCUGUCCCUUCGAGCUUUCUUUCUGAAAAGGGUAGAGGGCCCUCCGAUCCAUAUUAUUUGUCAUUUAUUUAUUACAAUUUGUACUAAAUUAGCGACAAUUAAUAUGGAUCGGAGGAUUUUUUGUUUUGAAACGUAUUGUAAAUUUCUUUGUCAUCGGCUUUUCGUGUUAGAGGCCUUGGGGCCACACUUUCUUGGUGUGGCUUCGUGUUUGUGGCCGAAAAUCUCAUUUAUCUUGGUGAUCCGCUUUUUGGUUAACUUCUAUGAUUUUCUUCUAAGUUGAUGCUACAGUAAUUUAAUCUAAAACUAUUAGUUGUGUAUGGUUUAGCAGUUUAUAUUAUGCUCUCUUCCUGCCGUGACAAAGUUCGGCUAUGAUUAUCUUGAUCAUAUCAUGUUGUAUUCCUUAUGAAUUGGGUGAUUCAAUUGAGCGCUGGUGAUUUUUCCACCAUAGUAAGUUACCGGAAGUUCAGUAGUUGAGGAAUGGAGCAAAAGGACCCCAAAUCUUCAUACAACUCUGCUUAUCGUUACGGGAAUUCAUCAACAGGGUCUAACUCGAGAUAUGCAACUGCACCCCCGGGUUUCAGCCCGUGGUAUGCCUCUUCUGCGGGUAACAAUGUGCAGCAGCCAGAAGCACAAGCCACCCUGCAGAGGAAGUACUCCAGGAUUGGCGACGACUACCGCUCUGUGGCUCAAGUGACUGAAGCUUUGGCACAAGCCGGUCUUGAAUCUUCUAACCUUAUUGUAGGCAUUGAUUUUACAAAAAGUAACGAAUGGACAGGAAAAAAUUCAUAUAAUCGGCGUUGUUUGCAUGAUAUUGGAAGAACUCCAAACCCGUAUGAGCAAGCCAUAUCUAUUAUUGGAAGGACACUCUCGGAUUUUGAUGAAGACAAUUUGAUUCCCUGCUUUGGAUUUGGUGAUGCGUCAACUCAUGACAAGGACGUAUUCAGUUUUUAUCCAGAGGACCGCCCUUGCACUGGAUUUGAAGAGGCAUUAGAAAGAUACAGACAAAUCGUUCCAGCUCUUCGAUUAUCUGGACCAACAUCUUUCGCUCCAAUAAUCGAGACCGCAAUUGGGAUCGUGGACAGCACUGGUGGCCAAUAUCAUGUUCUUCUGAUAAUUGCUGAUGGACAGGUUACUCGAAAUGUGGAUACACAGUCUGGGCAGUUAAGCCCACAGGAGUGGGACACCAUUAACGCUAUAGUGAAAGCUAGCCACUUUCCCUUGUCUAUUGUUCUCGUUGGGGUCGGUGAUGGACCAUGGGAUAUGAUGCAUAAGUUUGAUGACAACAUACCCGCUCGGUCAUUCGACAAUUUCCAGUUUGUGAAUUUCACGGAGAUUAUGUCAAAGAGCAUAGCAGCUGACAGAAAAGAGGCUGAGUUUGCCUUGUCAGCACUGAUGGAAAUCCCUACGCAGUACAAAGCAACACUUGAUCUCCAACUCCUUGGUCGUCGCCAAGGAGUACCUCCAAGAGUUCCUCUGCCUCCACCAACAAGGACUGCUUCUUCACGGUCUGCUAGCUUUGGCCAACAGUCUGGUGUUCAUUCACGGUCUAGUGGCUUUGGCCAACAAACAAGUGGGUUUCAGCAAUCAGACAGUUUCAAACAGGGACAGCAUAGAGCUACAAGGAGGCCUGACAGUUAUUCAUCAGGAAGUUCGCAGCCUGCGGUUACAAGGACACCCGACACUUAUGCAUCAGAAAGCACACUUUCAUGCGCCAUAUGUAUGGAUAAAUCAAAGGAUCUUGCAUUUGGAUGUGGACAUCAGACUUGCUAUGACUGCGGGGAAAAAUUGGUGCGCUGCCCUAUGUGCCAGAAGCACAUAACCACCAGGAUCAGGCUGUACUGAUCAAAGAGCAACCUCCUAAAGCUUUUGAAGCCUAUGGCGCCGCCAAUACUGAAGAAGCUCGGUGCAGAAUGUUCAGAAUCCGCAUAAAUUUUACUUGUUGUCCAUAAAUUUAAGCAUUCUUACUGCAGUUGGAGUGUCUUCAAUUACCUGGUGAUUCAAGGCCCUGCAGGGUUUAUUCUCCAUUUCCCGCAAGGGAAAUUUGGAUCGAACCAUUUCGGUAAAAUUUCUGUGUUCCAAAAGGGCUCUUCCUAUCCAUACAAAAUAAUGUACAUAUUGCUUUCAUUUCUUUCUCUUGUAAAUAAAAUGAACAGUAGAGAAAUUAUAGGAUGAACCAAUUUGGAAGACAUUUGCAUUGUAUAUUAAUUAAAACCAGUUAUAACAGUUGAAUAUUCAAUUUUGUACUCAUUCUUUUAGUA